AUGCUUUUAUCCAGCCGAGCUAACCCCCCCAAACCACUAAAGGUCGGCGGAUCCCAUCAGUAUCUGUCCCUCAAGUCCUUUCUGCCCCAAACGCCUAUUCCGUCACCGUCGCUGCCGUCCAUACUUCCGCGCCACGGCAAGAAGCCACCCAAGCUCAACUCUCGCAAGAUCGUGCGGCUGUUGAUCUACCUGUCCAUCCUCAUUAGUAGUUACUGUCUGUUCGCGCCCAGCGAACAGAAGAUCCGAGAUCUCGCUGAUCUCACCUUCCUCACCUCUCUGGGAAAGACAUACGAGAUCGUCGAAGCCGCCGAACUCCCUGACCACCCGACACCACUUGCUCUGACCGACAAUGAUGGCAAACACCACUGGACGAUAUGGAUCCCACAGAGGCUAAAGUUUCCUCUCCCAGCCACAGACUACGCAGACAUCUGCUCGCAGGUUGAGGAUGUAUCACGGCACGUUGCCGGCCGGCCACAAUCCGAGGAUCGCAUCGGAGGCUACUACGACGCCGAUCCGCAUUACAUUGACGUCGUCGAGGCGCAGACCAAACGAUUUCUCCCCGAGCAAAUCGUCUCGAGCCCAUUGCCGGGUGAACAUCGAUUGCCGGUGUGUGAAAAGACGCUGACAUAUGUGCUCGACGCGACAGAUGCAGGGCUCGGAUCGGCACUGCUGGGAAUGUGGGUGUCAUACAGUCUGGCCGAGCGGGAGGGACGGGACUUUUUCAUAGACGACACCCACUUCCCUUAUGGGAACUACAGCACCUUCUUCGCGGAAAAGCCGACGCCAAAGUGCCGUCCUCCGCCGACCAAUCAACGAGUGCCGUGUCCACAUCAGGCGAGGCACCUGGUUGUAUCAGCUGCGACGACGGCGUGGACGUUUGGCGAAGCGUUCCACAACCGGUACUCGGACCGAGACAUCUACGAGAUGGCGAGGGAAGGGCACGAUGCGCUGUUCCGGCUCAACGCGGACGACGCCGACUACGUGUCCAGUCGCGCACAGCACCUCCGUCGGGGCGAGAAGGGAGACGAAGAGAACGGCUUGGUAGGGGUUCAGAUCCGGCGCGGAGAUUGCCAUCCGUUCGAGUUUGCCUACCAGCAUGGAUACCUGCCGCCUGAGCGGUACAUGGCCAGCGCGACGAAACUGGUCGGUCAGGCUCUGGAGCGGUGGAAGGUUAUCCUGGCCAGCGACGACGCGGACAUGUUUGACCACGUCGAGCUGAAGGGCGCGGUAAGGGCGCAGACGCGCAUCUCGUUGGCGAGUAAGCGGCAGCUCGGGAGUGGCGGGCUAGGAUGGGAAGGAGGCUUCUUCAAGGAUGUGUUUUGGGGCCUGGGCCUGCCUGAGCAUGUCAAAGAACAGAAACGUAUCGGCAGUCCCAAACCCACGAAGGCGCGGCCGGUUGUCGGAGAAAAAGAAGGAGAGGGUGGUGGGGGUGGUGUUGAGCAGAAGAAGAACAAAAUCUCCAAAUCCCAACACAACCGCCACGACCCGGACACGGGGAACGACGCGAGAGAUUACAAGACGAAUCCGACGAAGGAGGCAUUGCAACUGAGGGAGUUGUUGGGGCGAGCGUACCUGCUCGACCUGGCCAUGUUGGCGAGGAGUGACAAGGUGAUUUGCGGAGUGUCGAGCAAUGCCUGUCGGGUUCUCGCCGUCAUGAUGGGGUGGGAGAGAGCAUUUGAUAAUGAAGAUUGGAACAAUGUCGACGGGAACCAUGGAUGGAGGUUCCUCGACUACUGA